AUUCAGAAAAAGACAUAUAACUUCUGCACAAACAGAACCUCCCUGCAAUCAAAUCAGAACAAAAACUUGAUAAAGACAGGAUCUUAUUGGACCUUAACACAAGCUUUGUGCAGGCAUAUCUGGAUGAAUAUGCAAGAAAUAGUAAUGGGAGGGGAGACUAAAAUGACCACUAGAAGUGGCAGGUUGUUUUCCUCUGUCUGAAAAAACAAGUGGGAGUUGUUGGGUUAUUCAGUGUUUAGAUUUCUGACUUAGAUUUGGGGGGGAAAUAAUAGGUUGGGUUUUUUAAAUAUUGAGAUUAUUGUUUCGUUUCAGAUUCAAUUACAAGGCUUUAGCGUUCAAAACUGCUUGGAAACUUCAAAACAGCUAACUGCUCGUCUUGGGUAAGCUUUGACUCCAAAGGGCUUUCCCAUAAGUUGGCCUACGUGGAGAGAAAUCCAGAAAAGUAGGUAACCUCGCCUGUUGUAUCCAAUUGCACAGUGAUCCUCAACUUUUGUUAUGGCAUUCAAUGAUGUCUUGGAGUCUAUCGGAGGAGUUGGCCGCUUCCAGAUCUUGCAAAUCACCUUCUUGCUGAUCUCCGUCUGCCUCAUUGGUUGCCACAACUUCCUGCAGAACUUCACUGCCGCCAUUCCAGACCACCAUUGCAAGGCUGUGCUGCCCACCAACCAGACCUUGCCCUCUAGCUACACCCAAAGCACAGCAGAAGGGGUCUUGCUGAAGGCACCUGUUCCCAUAGACCAGAAUUGGAAGCCGGAGAAGUGUCUCCAGUUUGCCAUGAGUUGGUGGCGUCUAUUGAGCCCAAAUGCGACUGUGGAGGUUGGGGACUCUGCCACACAGGUGCACACCGAACUCUGCACAGGUGGAUGGGUCUAUGAUGUGAGUGUGUUCAAGUCUACCAUUGUGACGGAGGUGAGCUUUCUUCAUCAUCAACAAGAAAUGAAAGAUGGGAAGGCAGUUUUAAAACACAGAUGGAAUUUGGUGUGUGACCUACAGAACCUGAGAGAUGUAGCCCAGUCACUCUACAUGGCUGGUGUGCUGGUUGGGGCUGGGGUGUUUGGAGUCUUAUCGGACAGGUGGGUGGUUGUUGUGAUGAAUGUUAGACCUUGCUACGCCACUAGGCCUAUGCCUGGAAUGAGUAGAGAAGUGUGGAUAAGCCUCAGACAAGGCACUAUAGAUAUUAAUGUCCUUUCAGCUUUAUAUCAGCAGUCAGCCUAUGGUGCCUGGGGUUUUCUGCAUGGAAGCCAAACAGUUGCAUGUGACGUGUUGCCCAUUAAAAAAUGUUCAUCCUGGUUUUUACUGCAAGUCCUUUUAACAGUUUCUCUUGCUUCUCUCCUAGUUCUGGAGUGGAUGCCCAACAAGGGCCGGACAGUGGCAGGUGCCCUCUUAGGUUAUUUUGUCACCUUUGGGCAGAUCGUCUUGGCAGGAGUUGCAUAUGGAGUCAGAAACUGGCGCUGGCUCCAACUCUCCGUCUCGGCACCAUUUUUCAUCAUUUUUGUCUGUUCAUGGAAACUUCCAGAAUCACCACGCUGGCUCCUGCUUCAUAACAAGGCACAGGUAGCAGUCCAGAAUCUGAGGAAAGUUGCCGCAAUAAAUGGCAAAAGCAAGGAGGGAGAGAAAAUUAACAAAGAGGCUAGGACAGAAGGUGACAGGUAUGUUGGGGUUCAACUUGAGACCACCAAAGCCUCAAUCUGCACUCUUUCUUCUGGAUUAAGGCCCCUCCCCAGGCCUGCCACAUUCCUUCCACUCAUUUUCCACCGUCUUGCACAGGUAUUGCAUUCCCACAUGCAGAUGGAAGCUGCAAGUCUGAAAUCCCAGCGCACUGUCUUCGACCUGUUUCGCAGUCCAAUCUUGCGGAGGGUCACCUGCUGCCUCAUGGUUGUCUGGUUUUCCAGUUCCUUUUCUUAUUACGGCUUGGCGAUGGACGUGCAAAAAUUUGGCCUGAACAUCUUUGUGGUGCAGGUGUUGUUUGGAGCGAUCGACCUUCCUGUUGUGCUGCUGUCCACCCUUGCCAUGGUCUUCAUCGGGCGCCGCCUUACCAUGGCCGGCUUCCUAUCCCUCGCUGGGCUCCUGGUGUUCAUCAACAUGUUUGUGCCAGACGGCAAGUUGCUUUAUGGGUUUUUGACCUGCAUCUGCUUGGAAACAACAAGGUUUCGUUCAUUCUAUAUAUUUCUCCUUCCUGCAGAACUGCAAACGUUGCGUACUGUGCAGGCAGCACUAGGGAAAGGGUGCCUCGCCAGUUCCUUUAUUGGUGCAUAUCUGUAUUCUGGGGAGCUCUACCCGACAGAAAUCAGGCAAACAGGCAUGGGAUCUGUGUCAAUGCAAGCCCGUCUCGGAGCCAUGGUUGCGCCACUGGUCUACGUGCUUAGGGAUUCCUUUCCUGUCCUGCCAUCAAUUAUAUUUGGAGCUGCUCCCCUCCUCGCGGGGGUCUCUGCCUGCUUCCUGAUGGAGACGAGACAUUUACCCCUCCUGGAAACCAUCGCAGAGAUGGAAUGCAGGUCUAGAAAUGUAUCCUCGAUGGAAACAGUAGAAGAAAUUUGCCUCCAGCAAGUGGAGAGAUCUCUUUUCAAAGAAUCUGUUUAGCACAGCAAUAGCUCUCUCUCUCUCUCUCUCCCCGUGAGAAAGAAUCCCUUGACAAACCACACAUUUCUGGAAAAAGUGAUUCAAGAACUGGAAAAGGGUAGCACUAAAACCAAACAUCUUCCUUGGAGAGAAGACUGGAGAAACAGGAGGCUGAUACUUAGUUCAGGGAUCGCCAGCUUUUUUAGAACUGUGGGCACAUUUAGAUUUUUGAGUGACAGCUUGGGACCACCCCCUCUGGUGGGAUAUAAAUGUAAUGAUGAUGAUGGGAAAGUCUGGUGUAAGAUUCAGUUCAUACAAAAUUAAAUGACUUCUUUUUACUCCACUUAAUUUGUAGAAUU